GAACCAGUCUACCUCCAUCAGUCGGCCCGGUGAGAUUGCCAUACCAGGUAUUCGGAACAGCAACAAACACGUUUUCCCUUUGCGAUAAGCCAGUGAAAAUCGACGCGUCCUGACCCUUUUUCUGUGUUUUUCUGAUCGUCCCGCGUUUACUUGCCGAUCAAGUGAUCGUAAACGGGUCGCAACCUGUUGUGUUCAGUGAUUUUGCCGAAAACGUUUGGUUAAGUACACGUACGGUGGACUUUCCGAUUGUUCAUCGCCUCGCACAACUUCCACAGCGAUCGAGUGCAGGCCAAUUUCCGGUUCCGGAUAAAGACCGUCUAAAUAAUUUGAACUGAUUCUGCGGGAAAGUUCACGCAUAGAAGAGCGGUGAUCGAGGACUUUCCCAACUGUUAAUAACGGGUUCUGCGGAAGGUCUCACGUGGCAACAUGGCGGCCGCUAGCGUUUGUUUAUAAAAUGUGUUGCUAGAUUCGAAAACGGACACGGCGCCAACCGAUCAGCCCCAAAUGAGCAUCAAAGGCCUCAGCAUGGCCGCACCGCGACAUCUUUGCGUUCUCUACGUGGCCACUGGGGGGCUCCAAGGGCCCCUCAUGGGCUCCGAUGAACAGGAGAUCGUUCUACUCAUCUAUGUCAUCAUCAACGUUUCCGAAAACAAGAUUGUCGGUAUGCAACAACACUCGAUCCGACCCACCGGAUUUCCUAGUCAAAAUGGCCUAGGAGACGCCAAUGGCAACGUUGUAAUUGGAGAGCAGCUCCAAACCGAAACUCCCCACCCCGACCACAUGAAACACAUUGCAGAUCGGCGAUUGGACGAGGCUCUGGCAGAUUUCGAAGGCUACUGCGCCUCCUUAGAGUUGGACCCGCGCAGCCCGGAUUUUCGAAUAGUGACAGACGGCCAAUUGCCGAUCCGUCAAUGUUUGCACCCGGAAGCCUGGCGGAAAGAGUUCGAACUACCCGACUACUACAACGUGUUCCACGACUUGCGGAAGGAGGUGGCAACGUUCCUGGGACGCGAUGAGCCACCCGGAAGUAUAGCGGACAUUUUAGAUCUAAUGCAAUUGAAGCCGGAAAUCGACAGCAAAUUCUACAGCAGAGAGGCGAAAGACAUGGUGAACGUCGUCCAGAGGCUCCUAAUUGAAGGGCACACAUUCGACCAAUUGGAAACAGUCAACUUGGUGCUGGAGCCCGGAAUUGGCCAGCCGAGCGGGGAAGCCUUCAUCCAGAUGGACACCGAACAGUCGGCGUACGUGAGUGCGCAGCAAAAACACCACCGUUACAUGAUAUUCGGUAAGAAGCAGCGCUACAUCGAGGUGUUCCAGUGCAGCGGCGAAGACAUGAACCUGGUGCUGACUGGAGGUCUGCCUGCCCCCACUUCACCAGCUAAGCCGCAGCCGUCAACAUCGGCCCUGCUCACUACCGGUGGUGCAAUGAUGUCGAAGCCGCCCACUGGAUUCACGCCGAUACCGUUUGCGACGGCAUCGCUGCCGUCCGGCCAAUUUCUACAAACUCCUAUUUUCUAUUGGCCCUUGUAUCCGAGUCCCCCUGUCUCACCAACUGGGUACUACAUGGGACCGCCCCCAAUCGGACCGUUGGGGCAGCUGCAUCAGGCCCAACAACAGCGCCAUCCGCUGACCCCAAUCACCCCUUCGACUUUGUCGGACUGCCACUAACCUUAACUAGUCUCUUGGUUUUCAUUCGCCACAUUUAGAACGACGGAUUCAAGGCGAAUGCGUUGGCGUGACAGCGCCUCUGAUGGGUCAAAGCAUGCCCGCUUUACAGCCUCUCGAUGCUAUUCU